UGUACGCAACAGUAUUUGAUACUUGUAAAAUGUAUUGACAUCGCAUUAAUAUUCACAAUUUUGCACAAGUUUUACGGUAACCUUGGUUGAAAAUUACAAUACAUAACCAAGUGGUUUCAUGUCAUUUUUAUUUGAACCACAUACACAUUAGCGAAGGUUUCAGUGAGUUCCGAAUAACGACUAAAAAUUCCUCUGUAGGAAAUGAGACUUGAGUUCCCGAACCCGAAUCCAUCCAUAUACUCUUGCUUAUACAGGUGGGUGAUAUUGCUCCGAAUACGUUAUACAAUAUAUAAGCGUUAGUUGUUAUGGUUCCGGAUCAGUCUAUACAGUCAUGCAUAUGUCCGUGAACCGUUCACAAAGUAUUUCUUAUAGUGGUUGUUACUGGUCCGGAUCUGUCCAUACAAUUUUGCUGAAACACGUUGUUGUUAUUGGUCCGGAUCUGUCCAUACAAUUUUGCUGAAACACGUUGUUGUUAUUGGUCUGGAUCUCUCCAUACAAUUUUGCUGAAACACGUUGUUGUUAUUGGUCCGGAUCUGUCCAUACAAUUUUGCUGAAACACGUGGCUGUUAUUGGUCCGGAUCUGUCCAUACAAUUUUGCUGAAACACGUUGUUGUUAUUGGUCUGGAUCUCUCCAUACAAUUUCGCUGAAACACGUGGCUGUUAUUGGUCCGGAUCUGUCCAUACAAUUUUGCUGAAACACGUUGUUGUUAUUGGUCUGGAUCUCUCCAUACAAUUUUGCUGAAACACGUGGCUGUUAUUGCUCCGGAUCUGUCCAUACAAUUUUGCUGAAACACGUUGUUGUUAUUGGUCUGGAUCUCUCCAUACAAUUUUGCUGAAACACGUGGCUUUUAUUGGUCCGGAUCUGUCCAUGCAAUUUUGCUGAAACACGUGGCUUUUAUUGGCCCGGAUCUGUCCAUAUAAUUUUGCUGAAACACGUGGCUUUUAUUGGCUCGGAUCUGUUCAUACAAUUUUUCUGAUACACGUAGCUGUUAUUGGCCCGGUUCUGUGCGUACAAUUUCGCUUAUACACGUGGCUGUUAUUGGCGCGGAUCUGUCCAUACAAUUUUGCUUAUACAUGUGGCUGUUAUUGGCCCGGAUCUGCCCAAACAAUUUUGCUAAUACGCGUGGCUGUUAUCGGCUCGGAUCUGUCCAUAUAAUUUUGCUAAUACGCGUGGCUGUUAUUGGCCCGGAUCUGUCCAUACAAUUUUGCUAAUACGCGUGGCUGUUAUCGGCCCGAAUCUGUCCAUACAAUUUUGCUGAUACACGUGGCUGUUAUUAGCGCGGAUCUGUCCAUACAAUUUUGCUGAUACACGUGGCUAUUAUUUGCCCGUAUAUGCCCAUACAAUUUUGCUGAUACACGUGGCUAUUAUUGGCCCGUAUAUGCCCAUACAAUUUUGCUGAAACACGUUGUUGUUAUUGGUCUGGAUCUCUCCAUACAAUUUCGCUGAAACACGUGGCUGUUAUUGGUCCGGAUCUGUCCAUACAAUUUUGCUGAAACACGUUGUUGUUAUUGGUCUGGAUCUCUCCAUACAAUUUUGCUGAAACACGUGGCUGUUAUUGCUCCGGAUCUGUCCAUACAAUUUUGCUGAAACACGUUGUUGUUAUUGGUCUGGAUCUCUCCAUACAAUUUUGCUGAAACACGUGGCUUUUAUUGGUCCGGAUCUGUCCAUGCAAUUUUGCUGAAACACGUGGCUUUUAUUGGCCCGGAUCUGUCCAUAUAAUUUUGCUGAAACACGUGGCUUUUAUUGGCUCGGAUCUGUUCAUACAAUUUUUCUGAUACACGUAGCUGUUAUUGGCCCGGUUCUGUGCGUACAAUUUCGCUUAUACACGUGGCUGUUAUUGGCGCGGAUCUGUCCAUACAAUUUUGCUUAUACAUGUGGCUGUUAUUGGCCCGGAUCUGCCCAAACAAUUUUGCUAAUACGCGUGGCUGUUAUCGGCUCGGAUCUGUACAUAUAAUUUUGCUAAUACGCGUGGCUGUUAUUGGCCCGGAUCUGUCCAUACAAUUUUGCUAAUACGCGUGGCUGUUAUCGGCCCGAAUCUGUCCAUACAAUUUUGCUGAUACACGUGGCUGUUAUUAGCGCGGAUCUGUCCAUACAAUUUUGCUGAUACACGUGGCUAUUAUUUGCCCGUAUAUGCCCAUACAAUUUUGCUGAUACACGUGGCUAUUAUUGGCCCGUAUAUGCCCAUACAAUUUUGCUGAUACACGUGGCUGUUAUUGGCCCGUAUAUGCCCAUACAAUUUUGCUGAUACACGUGGCUGUUAUUGGCCCGUAUAUGCCCAUACAAUUUUGCUGAUACACGUGGCUAUUAUUGGCCCGUAUAUGCCCAUACAAUUUUGCUGAUACACGUGGCUAUUAUUGGCCCGUAUAUGCCCAUACAAUUUUGCUGAUACACGUGGCUGUUAUUGGCCCGUAUAUGCCCAUACAAUUUUGCUGAUACACGUGGCUAUUAUUGGCCCGUAUAUGCCCAUACAAUUUUGCUGAUACACGUGGCUGUUAUUGGCCCGUAUAUGCCCAUACAAUUUUGCUGAUACACGUGGCUGUUAUUGGCCCGUAUAUGCCCAUACAAUUUUGCUGAUCCACGUGGCUGUUAUUGGCCCGUAUAUGCCCAUACAAUUUUGCUGAUCCACGUGGCUGUUAUUGGCCCGUAUAUGCCCAUACAAUUUUGCUGAUACACGUGGCUAUUAUUGGCCCAUAUGUGCCCAUACAAUUUUGCUGAUACACGUGUCUGUUAUUGGCCCGUAUAUGCCCAUACAAUUUUGCUGAUACACGUGGCUAUUAUUGGCCCGUAUAUGCCCAUACUAUUUUGCAUCGAGUAGUUCUGAGCGGCGUCAAAUAAGCAUGAUUUUUUUUACAACAUUAACACACAUAGUCUUAAAACUCUUUAUAUUAUUCAUAUUGAAUACUUCGAGGGCCUUAUCGAUUGUAACAAACUGAAACCAAAUCACAUUUAUAUUCUACGUAAAACGACAAUUGUCUAAUCAAAGACAAAAACUGUAAAACUAAAUUAAAAGGUUUACACACGCAGUAACGCUUACAUUUAAUUAACUACAUAAUGGAUUUUGGACAAUGUCAUUCAUAUAUUUUUUUAAAUACAUGUGGGUUAUGAAAAGCUGUAUGCAGAGCACUAAGCAUUUUUGCAUCAUAAACAAAGAUAUUUAGGCAUAACUUAUUCUACGAAGGAAACAUUUAUAUUUUUACUAGUGGUGUGUUGCCUUUUAUGUGAGGAGAUUUACUUGGGCGUUUGAGCCGAUAACAACAACAAACACAAAACAUCUUACUCGUGAAAAGUGUCACACUUAACCCAGAAAAAUUCAAAUGAUCCAGUCUUACGUUUCUUAAAAGUGAGACAAGAUGGUAGGCAUAGACAUGGAUGUGAUCGGGGACCUGCCUGGCUACAAGUUCAUAUUGAAAGCAGUUCUCAAGGCACAGAUCCAGCAACUGAUUGACCAGCUGGCAGCGUGUACUGAUGAGGAGUCCGUUAUCCUGACAGCCAGCGUGUCUGAUGGAUCUCUCAGCCACCUCGGGUCAGAGUCUGGAAAAUCUUUCCUCCAGGAGAAUGAUGAUGUCAAGUCCAAGUUUCUUGGAUACUGCCUGAAAAGUUUCCAUGUGAAGGCGCAACAGGAAAGAAUACAGCCUUUGCCAUCGUACAGGCUGGUACAUCAGUCACGUCAGACCCAUCAUCAUGUUGGCGCGACACGGGCCAAUACCUGCACAUUCCAAAGACACCAGCCGUACCCUAGCAAUAGAAAGGCUUUCAAGUUGGCCAGUGACAGCCCAGUAGUUCCUCUUGCAAUAGUGGCCAACACUGCCAGAGAUUCCAAAGCUUUUGCCUCAGCUACUGAAGGUGCAGAACUGGAUGAGGAUGCUGGUACUGUGUCCCUGGAUUCUGAAGAACAGUCUGACGCAAAUGAAUCCCAUUUCCCUAAGAAUGACAUACAGAGUAACAAUACAACAAAGGUUGACGGACACCUUGUCAAGGAAGAUAACUCUGCUGGAGAGGAAGGUGAUAACAAUGACAGUGUUGUGGGUGUCAGAGUGAAGAUUGAGUCUGGGGUGGACUAUAAGCAGGACUCAGGCUGGGACCCGGAUGAGUCUAUUGACCUGGGUCAGUAUUCGACAGAGGCCUCAGGUAGCUCGACGGGUCAGGUCAUGGAAAACCCAAUGGCUCAUCACAACAUGGAGGAUGACAACUUCUUUGAGUCAGAAAAUGUACCUCAUGAGGAUGACAAUGACGCAAGUUUACUGGAUAAGUCUUCCAUGGAAGUUUCAAGGAAAGAAGAGGCACUCGCAAAAAAGUAUGAAUGUAGGGUGUGUGGAAAAACGUUUAAGUACAAAAGUACCCUAAAGCGGCAUAUGAAUGUCCAUGACACCAAUGCAGCUGGAGCCCAGUACAAGUGUGGUUCAUGUACAUUAUUUUUUUAUGGGGAAACACAGCUAUUACAACACAAAACUGAUAAACAUGCAUCUCAUCUGUGUGUACAGUGUGGAAAAACGUUUUUUUUCCAAAUAUUCACUUGAGAGACACCAGACUAUACAUGGUAUUGGUAGUCCUUCAAAAAGCUUCAAGUGCUUGCAUCCAGGGUGUGAGAAAACUUUUGUAAGAAAGGAUAUCCGAGAUGAUCACACCAACACACAUGGUAAUUUGUUACCACAUGAGUGCACAAACUGUUGUAAGCGGUUUAAUAACCGCAACACUAUGAAGGCUCAUAAGAACGUAUGUCUAGGUGAGAAGGAAUAUCGCUGUUCCAUGUGUGAGUCGAAGUAUUGUCGGCCUGCUCUGCUGAGGGACCAUGUUAUUGCUGUACACCAAAAGGUUGAACUGAAAUGCCCAAAAUGCGGAAAGGAUAUCGUGUACAAAAGCAAUCUACAAAGACAUCUGAAGAAUUGCAUAGGCAAUUGAUUUGGUCUGAUUGUCUUUCCAUGGAAUUGUUGUUUUUUGGAAAUAGUUUAAAACACUGGUUAAUGUUGUACUAAGGUACAUAGCUUAUUACACUUCGUUAAGUGUAUUCUUUUAAUUAUUUGAGGACUUAUAUCCUUGCUGUUUAAAGUGUUUUAAUAAGAAAGUCUACAAUCCUGUUCUUAUAAGUAUUCGUUUAUUUACACAAAUGAUUACGUAUACCUUAUGGGUAGGAAAAUAUAUGCGAAGUUUAAAAUGAACAAGUUAUUUAUGGCAUUUUAUGCAACCAUAUUCUGAUAUAAAAGUAGAGCAUGAUUAAUAGUCUUGCUAAAUUUCUGCAGAUCUUAAGGUUAAUAAAAUUUUCAUGUAUUGCAUGAAUAUAAACUUUGAAAUAAAUUACAAAUGUA